UAAUCGGCAACCUUUUGACAUGCGAUAAUUGGACUAUCAGCUAGAAAAGCAUGCUAGCUUAGAACCAUUAGCCGACUAAGGUCGAUAAGAUUCAUUGCAUUCACAAUUCUUUUUUUUAAUUCAAAAACAGCUCCGUGAUAGCAUUUCAUUCAGUUUCAUCUCAGCCAUUCACACUGGAGGUUCUCUGGUUGAAGUGAAAUCAAUUUAAAAGUGAAGUCACUUUCUGAAUUAGGUGCAAAGUAAAGUGAAAUUAAGUAUUCACAUUUUUUGGAAUUUAGUCACAGAAAUCAUGGAAGAUGUACACACAUUCCAUACUAAAAGCUACGAGAGAGCUGAUGAUCUUGAAGUGCUGUGCCCAUCACGCAGAGCAAUUAUGAUACUAAAAUUGUUGCCUGGUUUGAUAGUGAAAACUUUGAUUGUCAUUGUACUGGAAUUAUACUAUCUAUUACUCGCCCUAUUCCAUUUGAUUUUCCCGAGAUGGCUAAAAGACAUUCGAGGACAAUUGGCUGCUGUAACUGGUGGUUCCAAUGGUAUUGGACGUGAAAUUUGCUUGGAAUUGGCACGUAACGGCUGUAAUGUUGCAUGCUUAGAUCUUGAUUUAGAUGCCGCAGAGAAGUUGUGCGCUGAAAUGAGAGCGAUGGGAGUAAAGGCGAAUCCAUAUCAUGUUGAAGUGACCGAUUAUGAAGCACUAGAACGGGUGAAAGAGGAAAUAAACGCCGAUAUGGGUGUCGUAGACAUUUUAAUCAAUAACGCCGGUCUCAUGCCACAGAAUUCAUUCCGAGAUGGUGACCCGAAAAGUGUUAGCCGUGUAAUGGAUGUGAAUGUUUUGUCACACUUUUGGACAACGCGAAUUUUCAUUGGUGAUAUGAUUGCAAGAGGUCACGGGCUCAUAGUGGGUAUUUCAUCAAUGAUUGCAUUUUAUCCAAUGAGUAUGGCCGUUACGUAUACGACAUCGAAAUAUGCGGUUAAAGGCUUUAUGGAUGCAUUGAAUCAGGAAUCACGGCACGAAGGAUGGGGAGUGAAAACGCUUACCAUCUUCCCACACAUAUGCAGUACACGAAAGGAAAUCAUUGAUUAUGUGAAGAGAAUUGUCGACCCAACCACUUUGGAAAGGGUUGGUCUGCUAACACCGGUCGAAGUUGGACGAGUGACGGUUGAAGCAAUUCGAGAUGGUUCGCGAUAUGCAACUGUUCCUCGAUUCUAUUUGUUCGUUGGGAAAUUUUUGCAGGCAUUACCGUCUAAAGUGCAGGAUAUUGCUGAUGAUAUGUAUAUGCCGCGUGUCAAUUCAAAGAAAACUUAUACCACAUCCGCAUUAGAUAAAAACGGCUGUAAAAAGUCACAUUGACCCCAAACCAGGCUCAACACGGGACGUUUAAAGUGCAUACCACCUUUCUUUUCUCCUCUGUAAACGUAUCGCUCGAAAAUAGCAUAAACAAUAGCAUCUAUGUGAAAAAGUCACACGAACAUUGAGCCAAUAAAUUCAGUUGAA